GGAAGGCAGAGCUUGGCUGCUGCCGGCAUGCCUACACGUACGGUCGGAUAGCGACAGCAACAGCAAUGGUAGCAGCAUCCUGUCAGGAUAUUUGCCACUUGUUCAGUCAGUGCGAGACGAGAUCUCGUUGCUGAUGGAAGUGUGUUUCCAGCUGCCAGCUGCCGUGUGUGGACAUACUGGCAUAAGCAAAAAAUAUAAUUUAUUUAUUUAAAAUAAUUUUUAGUUUGAGUAUUUACAAAGUGACCCAAAAAAGGGAAGACAUUUAAAAAGUGGUGGCUGAAGAUACAUACCAUACAUAGCGAACAAAAAACAAUACAACAAACAAAAUAAUCCAAUGAGCAUUCGUGAGUGAAUGAAUUUUAUAAAAAACAUUCAAAAAAAAUGUUAUAGGUUGUGUAAAAUAACACUGAAUAGUUGAAAGUAUGCACUUUAAGUGAAAGCAAAUACAUUUUUUUGUUAUCAAGUGUUAAUUCCUUUUCGAUAAAUCGUCACAUCUGCAUCAAACGCGUACGAAGAGGACGACGAGCUAGAACAAAAUACGAUAUUAAUAAAUAUGUGAAAUUUUAGCAGCUAACGGGUGAGUUCAACGCUAAGCAAUUCUACCCACGCAGUCCAACGCCGACAACAAUAGCAACCAGUAACCAUAAUUGCAGCCAAGCGCAACUCAGACGUCACAAAUAACCGUUAAGCCACCGCAACCACAAUUCCCUCAAAAAUACGGUCAGCAAAAGCAAACGAAAAGCAGCGAUUAUCUUUGCCAACAUCCUGACGCACCACAACAAAAUUCCAAAUUAGUAACAAGCGGGUGGCGCAAUGCAAUCGACUGAUUCUGGAGAUGGAGCAAAAAACUUCAAUCAGCACAUCACCAGUCACUUGGCAUCAUCAUCCACCACAGCGGGAGCAACUGCAGCAGCAGCACCAGUACCAGCUACAGCAACCACAACAAUAAACGACGCGACCACAUCAUUCAGCACUACACCCGCACAGAGCAGCCAAAGCAACGCACUCAACCACGAUACACCCAGCAAGAAUCCCUUCAAACAAGCACCGUCUCAGUGGAGCAACGAUCAAAGAUUAACGCAACAACAGCAACAGAAUGCCAGCAACAAAACGUACAACAACAGCGCUCAACAUGCCAACGAAGCAGGAGGUGGCAUUUUUGGCGCCGCUGGCGCAACAACAACGCAAGCAACACCGGCACCGAACUCGACCACAGAUCCAGCGGCAAUCAAGACACCGGGACGACUUUAUAUGACAACACAACCGCCACCGGAUCAUUGUCGACAGGAGGACUACCGCGCCGCCGGGACAUGGGCCACCUUCAAGAAUUGGAUGAUCGGUUGGCGCGGGUCGCGACAACUCGUCUUGAUCAUUGUGGCCAUUGCGUUGUUAUUGGAUAAUAUGUUGUUGACAACUGUUGUUCCUAUAAUACCCGAGUUCCUGUACGACAUACGCCAUCCGGAUGCACCGCUCGACAGUUAUCCACGCACGCCACUCACCACACACACUCCACCGCCACCCACUCAAUCACCCUGCAGCCCAAAUGGCGAGCCACUGCCAACAGUGGAGGUGUCAACGCUAAGUCCAGAAGAAAAUUUCACCUUAUAUCGAGAGUUGGAAGAGCGACACAAAGAGUUGGUGGGCGAGACCGUUGAAGUGGGCAUUCUAUUCGCAUCGAAGGCUUUCGUACAAUUGCUAGUUAAUCCGAUCGUUGGACCUUUGACACACAGAAUCGGCUACAGCAUUCCUAUGUUCGCCGGUUUCGUUAUCAUGUUUCUGUCAACACUGAUCUUCGCCUUCGGACGUUCGUAUUUGGUACUGUUCGUGGCGCGUGCGCUACAAGGCAUCGGUUCAUCGUGCUCCUCUGUCUCGGGUAUGGGCAUGUUGGCAGAUCGCUAUACGGACGACAAGGAACGUGGCAAUGCAAUGGGCGUGGCAUUGGGUGGCUUAGCAUUGGGCGUGCUCAUCGGUCCACCGUUCGGGGGUGUAAUGUACGAAUUUGUUGGCAAAUCGGCACCAUUUUUGAUACUCUCCGCACUGGCUUUAGGCGAUGGAUUACUUCAACUCUUUAUGCUGCAACCGUCUAUACAACGUGCCGAUACAGAGCCACCCUCACUGAAAGCGCUUAUUAGUGAUCCAUACAUACUGAUCGCUGCCGGCUCAAUUACAUUUGCCAAUAUGGGCAUUGCCAUGUUGGAGCCGUCGUUGCCACUUUGGAUGGUCGAUAAUAUGGGCGCCACGCGUUGGGAACAAGGUGUUGCCUUCUUACCAGCCUCCAUUAGUUACCUCAUUGGCACUAAUCUCUUCGGACCUCUCGGACAUAAGAUUGGACGUUGGUUUGCUGCCUGUUUGGGUUUGAUUAUCAUCGGCUGUUGCUUGAUCAUGAUUCCCAUGGCCACCUCGAUUACGCAUCUCAUUCUACCCAAUGCUGGUUUGGGUUUCGCCAUCGGCAUGGUGGACUCAUCAAUGAUGCCCGAACUUGGCUAUCUCGUAGAUAUACGUCACUCUGCUGUUUAUGGUAGUGUUUAUGCUUUGGGCGAUGUCGCCUUUUGUGUGGGAUUUGCUGUGGGUCCAGCGCUCAGCGGUACACUAGUCAAAUCAAUCGGUUUCGAAUGGAUGUUGGUGGGCAUUGCAAUUUUAUGCUUUCUCUAUGCUCCACUGUUAACGCUGCUCAAGAAUCCACCCACAAAGGAGGAGAAAAAGGUUGGUAACACGGUGAAUGAAGGUGUUAAUGCCGAUGCUGAUGCGUCUGCGCCUGCGUCUGUGGCUGUGUCUGUACCUGCGAAUGCCAAUGGCAAUGUGAAUAUAGGCAAUGAUGUGCUGGUAAUGGCCACGACCAACAGUCCAGCCAUUAUGCAUGAAGGCAUGACGAAUGAGGCUUUUGAAAGUGAACGACUUUGAGUUGCGAGAAUCGUUUGUUGUUUUAAUUUAACUGAGCUUGGCUUUCUGUUCGUUCCUCUUAAGAUCGCAUGGCGUUUAUGUGAGAAGAUUUUUUUUUUUUUGGUUUGUUUUUUAUUUUAAUACAUUUAAUUACAAAUUUUGUUUUUUUUGCAAAUAUGUUUGAAAAUGUAUGUAUUCCAACUGUAUUUGUUUAUUAAAGUAUUUUAAAGCGAAUUUUCGCAUAUUUUAUUAAAACUCUGUAAUUUUUUCCCAUUUCCUACCUUUUAGUUAUGUAAUACUAAAUUUAAAUUGCAUAUUUUUCCUCUAUUCCUACCUUUUACUUGCUUAAAAUCUGAUUAUUUUAGUUUAAAAUCAAAUUUCAAAUAUAUUUUGGCUCCAUCACGCAUUAAGCGCUUUAGACCUAGUAUUUUUAUAAACAUUUAGUGCAAUUAAGUAAAUAUGUAGUAAGAAGUUCAGUUUCCCAAUCCAAAUAUUUUUAAGUUUUUUAACUUAUAACGCUGAAUUAUGUAUGAAUUUUCCUACUAAAUAAAAAUAAAAAUAAUUUUUUUUAAUAUAAA